CUGCAGAGCGGGGUCAUGGUCAGAGUGGGGAGAGAUGUUUUCUCCAUCCUAAUUUUCAUGGUAGUGGAUCUGCCCCAUCUUUGCCCCGCAGUGACGGCACUGCCCACGUCUUCCCCUCCCCAGCGGGUUCCUUCCCUUCCCCUCCCCGGUGUCCUGCAGUGGCAGCUCGCUCCCAUCACCCGCAGUGGGCAGCCAGGGGCCGGCCCAGGCGCUGCACUGACAUCAGGGGCCAAGGUCCAGCUUGGAGACUGCACGGCAGGAGCGGGACAGCUGGAGCCGGGCCCCCGCAGCACCAUGAGGCUGGGGCUGCUCUGCGGUCUCACUGCCGCCGCAGCCCUCAUGGUGGUGGGCAGAGCUGACCAUGGAGACACAAAGGUCACACAGCGGAGAGAGGGGAUGAGCGGCGUUGGCCGGCGCCGGCCCCACAGACCCUGCUCCGGGUGCUUCUCCGUCCUGAGCGAGGAGUCGCGGUCAAUGUCAUGGCGUGACAGCGAGGAUGAUGAGGGUCAGCCGCGCAGGCGGGUGCGUAUGGAGCCAGUGGAGGAGGAUGGUGAAAGGAGAGGGACAGGAGGGAGGACAAGGAACAGGCACAGCCCGAGACACCUCGGCACCGUCCUGCUGCCGCGACAGGUAACACCAGAGCUGCGUCAGGGCCCCCGACAGGACCCGUUGGUGAGCCUGUGGAUGGGGACACAGGGGUCACGGGUACCCCUGGCAGCCCCCACUGUGUCUUGCAGGAGGUACUGAGUGCCCAGACGGCCUGGCAAAUAGCAAAGAUGGUGCCUUGGCACAGCCCCACACCGGGAGAGAACCGAGGGCCCAACCAACCCCAGGCCAUGCCCUGAGGCAGUCUGGGGUCCCACCCGCACCACCCACAGGGUAUAAGUGAGCCUGUGCCUGCGGAAGACCAGCCCCACUGACCACCCUAUGCACCCCCAAAGUGCUUCUGGGGUCAGCCCCCAGGCCCUGCAUUGCCAAGACGCUGAAUAAAGCCAGCGAGCCAGA